AUGUUCAGAAAUGCAGCGGCCAUCUAUUUGCACCUGGUGGGGCCCCUCCAGGGAAAGAAGUCUGGAGCUUCGCUCACCCGGUGUUUGCACCAGACUCUCACCAUGGCUAAACAGCUGCAGGCUCGAAGGCUGGACCGGAUCGAUUACAACCCGUGGGUGGAAUUUGCCAAACUGGCCAGCGAGGAGGCUGAUGUUGUAAAUCUGGGCCAAGGCUUCCCAGACUUCUCACCCCCAGAGUUCGCCGUGGAAGCCUUUCAGCACGCCGUCAGUGGGGACUUCAUGCUUAACCAGUACACGAAGGCAUUUGGUUACCCACCCCUGACGAAGAUUCUGGCCAGUUUCUUCGGGAAGUUGCUGGGACAGGAGAUAGACCCACUCAAGAACGUGCUGGUAACUGUGGGUGCCUACGGGGCCCUGUUCACAGCCUUCCAGGCCCUGGUGGAUGAAGGAGAUGAGGUUAUCAUCAUCGAGCCCUUUUUUGACUGUUAUGAGCCCAUGACAUUGAUGGCAGGGGGUCGCCCUGUGUUUGUGUCCCUGAAGCCGAGCCCCACCCAGAAGGGAGAACCAGAUUCCAGCAGCAACUGGCAGCUGGAUCCCACGGAGCUGGCCAGCAAGUUCACAUCUCGCACUAAAGCCUUCAUCCUCAACACACCCAACAACCCCCUGGGAAAGGUGUUCUCCAGGGAAGAGCUGGAGCUGGUGGCCAGCCUCUGCCAGCAGCAUGACGUUGUGUGCAUCACGGACGAGGUGUACCAGUGGUUGGUCUUCGAUGGGUUCCAGCACAUCAGCAUCGCCAGCCUCCCUGGCAUGUGGGAACGCACCCUGACCAUCGGUAGCGCUGGCAAGACCUUCAGUGUCACAGGCUGGAAGGUGGGCUGGGUCCUGGGCCCGGACAGCCUCAUGAAGCACCUGCGUACUGUGCACCAGAACUCCAUCUAUAGCUGUGCCACGCAGGGCCAGGCUGCAGUGGCUCAGAGCUUCGAGCGGGAGCAGGUGCACUUCGGCCAACCCAGCAGCUACUUUGUGCAGUUCCCACAGUACAUCCAGCGCUGCCGCGACCACAUGAUACAGAGCCUACAGUCCGUGGGCCUGCGGCCCGUGAUCCCCCAGGGCAGCUACUUCCUCAUCACAGACAUCUCGGACUUCAAAAACAAGAUGCCUGACUUGCCUGGAGCGGCAGAUGAGCCCUAUGACAGACGCUUCGUCAAGUGGAUGAUCAAGAAUAAGGGCUUGGUGGCCAUUCCAGUGUCCAUCUUCUUCAGCGUGCCCCACCAGAAGUUCUUUGACCACUAUAUCCGCUUCUGUUUCGUGAAGGAUGAAUCCACGCUCCGGGCCAUGGACCAGAAGCUGCAGAAGUGGAAGGCUGAGCUCACGCCCUGA